UGAACCUCCCAUAAGGCCGCUAAGUUUAAAAAAGGAACCGGCAGAGACGCUGAGCAGCGGCGGUGGUUGUUGUUGUCUGUGGGUUUGUGUGGAGUUGGUAGAGGUCAGACAAACAAACCUCCCCUUCAACCAACUUCGUCGUCGUCGUUGUUGUUGUGUGUUAUUUUUAGGUGCCUCCCCAAUUUUUUUUUGGUUGAUUUUCUUUGAAUUUUCGUUGGAGAGUGAAGCCCAGCAAUGGCCACGAAAGGAGUCGAGGUCGGCAUGGUGGUCAUGAUCAAUAGGAGCGACGGCCGUGUGCAUGAGGCCACCGUGAUGGGGAUAGAUGCGAUCCACAAUAUCGUGAAGAUGGAGUGGAUGGAUUUGGAUAAUCAAGGCCGCUGCAAGGAGUUCUCUCUCCAAGAUAUAUACCGGCUGAACCCCAAGCUGGCUCUGAAGGACUCGGACCUGAUGCCUCCCCCUGCGCGACCCGCCGUUCCCGUGAAGUUACGACCGACGCCCUCGGUUGCAAACGCACGUGUCAUGCGUGGGUCCGACUGCUCGGUCGGGAACAGCGUCGUCGGGCUGAAGCAAGAGCCUCUGCCUCAAAGGAGUGACUUGGUGAGCCGACUUCCAGUUCCACGAGCUCAUUCCGACUCCACCACCAGCACCCUACAACUGGGCGCCCUCCCCGAACACCCAGCCCCGGCGUUGCCCGCUGCCCACGAUGGCGCCGCCGCUGCCUCCACCACCACGACCACCACCACCACUACAGGCAAUGCAGCAGCAGCAGGGCGCAGACGAACCACUUACAUGCCGGAGACGGACAAGGCGAGUCGGAUCCGGACCGAGCGGGCGUUCCAGAAUCAACAGCAGGGCCCUCGCGAUCGCCGCUUGCGGGGAGCAGCGAAUGGUCCUCACUGGGAGUUCCUGAAGAUGAUCCAGGAAUACCGUGCCAACCUCGACUUCCAUCCGCUCUCCAUCUCUGACCAGGUGGAGGAGCGAAAGAUCUGCGUCUGCGUCAGAAAGCGCCCACUCAACAAAAAAGAGCUGGCGCAGAAGGAGAUUGAUGUGGUGACGGUGCCCAGCCACGAGGUGCUCAUGGUCCACGAGCCCAAACACAAGGUUGACCUCACCAAGUACCUGGAGAACCAGACGUUCCGCUUCGACUACGCCUUCGACGAGUCUGCCUCCAACGAAGUCGUCUACAAAUUCACCGCCUACCCAUUGGUGCAGACAAUCUUCAACAAGGGCAUGGCCACGUGCUUCGCUUAUGGACAGACGGGAAGCGGCAAAACCCACACCAUGGGUGGAAAUUUCAACGGUCGCUCGCAGGAUUGCACCAAGGGUAUCUACGCCAUGGCAACACGGGAUGUGUUUGACCUGCAGGGAAACAAGCACUACAGACAUCUGAAUCUGCAUGUGUACGCCACCUUCUUUGAGAUCUACAGCGGGAAGGUGUUCGAUUUGCUGAAUAAGCGGGCGGCCCUGCGAGUACUGGAAGAUAGCAAGCAGCAAGUGCAGGUGGUGGGGCUUAGCGAGUGCCCCGUCUCCUCCAGCGAAGAGGUGCUCGCCCUCAUUGAGACUGGGAGCAAGUGCAGGACGUCAGGCCAGACAUCGGCCAACGCGACGUCGUCGCGCUCGCACGCCAUCUUCCAGCUGAUACUGAGGCGCGGCGAGCUUCUGCACGGCAAGUUCUCGCUCGUGGACCUCGCCGGUAGCGAGCGCGGCGCCGACACGGGCAACUCCGACCUGCAAAUGUGCCGUGAGGGCGCCGAGAUCAACAAGAGCCUGCUGGCGCUGAAGGAGUGCAUCCGAGCGCUGGGCCAGAACAAGGCACACACGCCAUUCCGCGGCAGCAAACUCACCCAGGUGCUGAGGGACUCGUUCAUCGGGGAGAACUCCCGCACCUGCAUGAUCGCCAUGAUUUCUCCUGCGAUGAGCUCCUGUGACCACACGAACAACACGCUGCGAUACGCAGACAGGGUGAAGGAGCUGGGGGUGGAGCAGGGCGGGGAGGAGCGACAAUCGGCACCGCUCGCUUCCACCACUGCCGCCACCGCCGUGGCAGAGCCUGAACCGGAGGACGACGUCAAUAUGGACGAGGCGGGGGAAAAGGAGGCCCCUCAGCCACGUCAUCGACGGCUGCCCUCUCUCAUCCUGGAGGAGGAGAUGCCACUGGAGCUGCCCUCCGAAGAGUCUCUUCUCCAGCCGUUCAAGAAUAAGAUCAUUGAGCAGCACCAGACGAACUUGCAGAAGUUCCUGGUGCAGCUGUCGCAGGAGAACCAGCUCAAUAACCUUUGGAGCCAGGGGGAGUGCAGCACGUUAGACUAUGUGGAGCAAGUCUGCAGCAUCAUCGAUGACCGCUCUGCAAGAGAUGCCGCUUUACGGGAGAUGCUUCAAGAGCUCAUUGAGAUGGAGCCUACCGACGCAAAGCCCUGAUCUGUCCGCUGCUGGACGAAGGCCUUCCCAAGUUGCUGUGAUCUCUCCCGGUUCUGCAAAUGCAGCGACCGACUGCGCGCGCGCGCCUGCGCACGGGGCUGAUUUCGUCGCCCUGUCUCCGUUCCGUACAGGAUCUCCCCCGGUGUUUUCUCUACCUUCACUGCCAUCCUCUCAUUAUUCUUGCCUAUGUACGCCCGUAUAUCGAGCGAAGUGUCUCCUCUCCAAGGGAAAUUGCCUGGUCAAAAAGCCCGCUGACCUGAACCGUUUAUAUGAUGUUUCUAUAACCCUGCCUGUGCUUUCUGUGAGAAAAACUAAAUUUUCUCAAGACAAACGCUUUUGUGAAAGUGUGAGAAAGUCCACGUAUGUGCAUGGUUUUUCGUCCUUGUUUUUGCAGCAUUUACUAAUUGCAUUUCUUCUCUCGUCAAUUUUUGUUCUAAGUUUAAGAAUAAUUUCUCUCUGUAACCUGUCUUUUCCAUUUUGGAUGUGUGAAUGUGAGGAAUUCUGAUUUCUUCAUUCAAAUAUUUGCAUUACUUUGGCACCAAUGUUUCUCCCAAAGUGAUAUUUUUUACUUGCCUUAAAUGUUGAUUUUGUAGCUGAAUUUCUGAAUGACGGGUUGCAUUAAUAUCGUGGUGCAAGGAGACUCAGACUAUAAAUUUACAACUUGGACAUGGUUAUAUCUGAAGGGAAAACAGGGACGGCAUUUUUAUUUCAAUUCAGACCAAAUGCAUUUAUCUACUUGCAUUUUCUGCAUCUUAAUUUCUAUCUUUUUUAUGUUUACUAUUGCAUUGGCAGUGAUGUGCAUAUAACAACUCAACACGAAUCGUCAUUAACACUGCCCUAAAGAAAUAUCUCAGCGAUCGAAAAGGGCCGUUCCCCAAAAAGGGGGUCAACCAUGAUUAUCACAGCCAUUCUCAUCUUAACCUGAUUUUGUGUUCAACGUUUCUCACUUCCAUCGAUCAACUUCCAGAUUCUGCCGAGCCAGUUUCCAAAUUCUCACGACCAGUGAAUUCGCCCAGUUGUUUUAAACCAAAGGAACACAUUUAAGCACACUAAUGCAUUUACCAGCAUAAAAAAAUCACUUAUGUAAAAGCAUAAACUUAUUGUUUAUGCCGGAGUUGUUCAAAACAACCCCUAAUUGGGUCUGCGAGAAAACCUGACAUUGUUGCAAUUGCCUGGGUAAUGCAACUUCUGCAUCCACCCCCUCCCCAUAGGCUCAGGCACAUGACACUACAUAGGACGUUGGGAAUCCCAGCGGUGGUAUUCAUUGUUGUACAUAGUUUGUGAUCGUUGUCCGUUUGUGUGUUUGUCGGCAUGCCCCUCCUAACAGUGGUCUCAUGUCACUAGCAUCUCAUCUUCUGCUGCUGCAACAGCAGAAGUGUACAUGUUUUAAAAAAAACGAUUGUUCCAUAGGACUGACUUUUUCAUCCGUGGCAGCAGUAUGUAUUUUUAGUCUGAAGUAUAUUUGAUGACUGUGUUUUUUCGAAUAAAUAAUUUUGAGCUAAGUAAAUGCACUGCAAAGUUGUCAUAAGUAACCAGAACUUUUCUUGGUCAGAUACAGGCAGUGGCACACAAUGGAAGACCCAUAUUUGUGUUUAACAUAGCCGGUUUUACCUACCUUAAGACCAGGCGUGACUUAAUCGUACUAGUCGUGCUGAACAUUAAUAUUUAGCAGGUUCCCUAAUGCGCAUCCUCUAUUGAGGUUUCACUUUCCAAACCGUUCAAGGAUUUGCAAAACGGGUCUUCGGCUGGUAGUCCCAAUGGCGGGCAUGUGCUUAGAAAAUUCUAUGGACCAUCUCUGUUACAAUGGACAGAAUUCAUUGUUGUUUUUUCUCCAAGAAUAGUUGGUACAACGAUUUUACCCGUGGUGCUUCCACCCGUACCGAUGCUCAUUUGCCCGUUUUUUUCCCCCCUCGCCAAAUUCAACGUUCUUGUCUUCUUUCAUAGAAGCCAAAUUUCAGUCACCAACCAGUAGUGUUUUUCCUUCCUUGGACGAACUAAUGCUGACCCCUUCACGAACCCCUCUUUCUUUCACAUCGGGGCCAAUAAAAUGUAUGUGUGGUGUGUCAUGAAGCUCGGUUGUAAGGCCUUACUAAAAUAUUAAAUAAAGAAUAUUUUAAUGUGGAGACAUGAUCAUAAUAUGCUGUUACCCAAAAAUUGUUCGCAGCAACGCGUGAGUUUACGUAUCGUUUAGAUUUUUUGCAUUGAACGGGGUCCCAUAUUUUAUUUGGAAUGCUCGUAGCCAAUAACAUCCGGUAAUUCAGCAGCAUUUGUUUAAACCAGCCUGACUGCUGAUGAGGUCCAAAAUAUUUAAACUUGUCCAGUUUGCUUGCUUUUUAACAUAAUGCUGCUUGAUCAUAUUUUUCUGGAUAACCAAUAGGCUGAUCGACUAAAACGCGUUUAAUUUGUGAACACAGAAUUGACUUUAUCCUGCUGCUUUUAUCCACAAUGCUCCAUGGAAAUGCAUAAUGAGUUUAUAUAAAAUACUAUUAAAACUUCCACCUUGACCCGUGUGCAAUGGUCAUACUUGUUA